AUGCUGCAGCCCAGGAUUUCAGCGCCAUUGCGGCGGGCUCUUCUCACCCCAUCAACUCUAUGCCUGCGCUGCGAAACCCGCUCCGCCUUCCUCCCAAUCGCCCAGCAAUUCCCUCGAGCCCUCACAACCUCGCGCGCGUCGAAACAAAUCGCACCCAAGCAAGCCACACCCGCACCCACAACCUCCCAAACACCACCACUGCCGCCACCCCUCAAAGACGACGAUGUCUUCGUCCCCAAGCCUCUCGGGCGACCCAUCGGCUUCCCCGACCCUCCCCAACGCGGCGAAAACACCGCAAACAUACGCAUUAAGAAAGACUACUCGGGCAUGACAAUGUCGCAGCGCAACCUCGCCAAACGCGCCGACCUGGUGGAGAAAUGGGGCACCAACUACUUCCGCGACUUCAAGAACAUCCGCAAGUACCGGUCGGGCAAGACGUUCAUGGCGAACCCGCGCAUGUUCCGGGCCGACGCGGCGCUGUAUUUUCCGAAUUUCCGCGGCGAUACACUCGAGGGGAGUGCGCGCGAUACGACGGAUGUGCUGCAGGGCAGGGUCAGCGUGGUGAAUGUGUAUUCGAGCCAGUGGGGCGAGACGCAGGCGCGGAGCUUUACGGGGCAGAAGGAGAAUCCGGAGCUGCAGCGUAUCCUUGGCGAGUUCAAGGGACGGGCGCAGAUGGUGGAUAUCAAUAUCGAGGAGAAUAGUCUGAAGGCGUGGAUUAUUGCGCUGUUCAAGUGGCAGCUGAAGGCGAAGCGCAGCCAGGAGGAGUGGGGGAGGUAUUUUGUGGUCAGGAAGGGGGUUAGUGAGAAGAUCAGGGAGACGAUUGGGCUGCUGAAUGGCAGGGUAGGGUAUGUGUAUGUGGUCGAUGAAGAGUGUAGGAUAAGGUGGGCAGGGAGCGGGGAUGCAGAGGGGACUGAGAUGGAGGACAUGAACAAGGGGUUCAGGAAGUUAGUGGAGACGAGGAAGGCUGCGUGA